CCCCCUCCCCCCGGCCCGUGCCCCCCGCCGCUGCCGCCGCCGCCGCCGCCGCCGCUUCCUUCGAGCGGGGCCCAGGCCCAGCCGCCGCCACCGCCGUCGCCUCCGAGCUCCGCCGCCGCCGAGCACCAUGGGAGACGCCGGGAGCGAGCGUAGCAAAGCGCCCAGCCUGCCGCCUCGCUGUCCCUGCGGCUUCUGGGGGUCCAGCAAGACUAUGAAUCUCUGUUCCAAAUGCUUUGCUGAUUUUCAAAAGAAACAACCAGACGAUGAUUCUGCCCCAAGUACAAGUAACAGCCAAUCAGAUUUGUUUUCUGAAGAGACCACCAGUGACAACAGCAAUACCUCUAUAGCCACACCAACUCUUAGCCCCAGCCAGCAGUCGCUUCCGACAGAACUGAAUGUAACUUCACCGAGUAAAGAGGAAUGUGGGCCAUGCACAGACACAGCUCAUGUCUCAUUAAUCACACCAACCAAAAGAUCCUGUGGUGCAGAUUCACAGUCUGACAACGAGGCUUCACCUGUGAAACGGCCAAGACUACUAGAGAGCACUGAGCGGCCUGAGGAGAGCGGCCGGUCGAAGCAGAAGAGUCGGCGUAGGUGCUUCCAGUGUCAGACCAAGCUGGAGCUGGUGCAGCAGGAACUGGGAUCCUGUCGCUGUGGUUACGUGUUCUGUAUGUUACACCGCCUCCCUGAGCAGCAUGACUGUACGUUCGACCAUAUGGGCCGCGGCCGCGAGGAAGCCAUCAUGAAAAUGGUGAAACUGGACCGGAAAGUGGGGCGCUCCUGCCAGCGCAUCGGGGAGGGGUGCUCCUGAAGGCCACGCAAGGCCACUACACGACGCUGUUCUUAGUUCACUAAUGUUAGCCUUAUUUAGGACAAAGUCAGCCAGACACCUUGUACUGGGCACGCGUCAGACUACAGCCGGCCGUUUCCUUUCUUUAGCCAGCCAUCCUGGUACUGUAGUUUAGGGGUUGAUGGUGGAUGAAAUUGAUUUCUGGCUGGUUACUAAGGUGCCUGCUAGCCAUUGUAUAAAAUUAAAACAUGAAGAAUAUUUUUUUUGAGCAUGGCUAGUGGAUUUAAAACAACACAUACCUGUCACUGCUGGAGUCAAACUUACAAAAGCCUUAAGCGGAUGGAGUGUGUCCAGACUGGACUGAGUCACGAGAGGAGGCGCAGGCCUGACAGUCACACGGCGGCUUUGACAGGAACUCUUCGUGUCCGGCCUUUCACCUCUUCACUUUUGCUUGGUCCCAGCAGGACCUGAUGGCCACGCGGUGCCUUGGCCACGGGAGGCUGCUGAGACUGGCCACGUGGCUGGGCUAGGCAGUGGCCUCGCUCUCCCUCAGUGCUGGAAGUGGGGGGUGGGGAUAGAUUUUUAUGGAGGAAGCUUUUCACCUGAUGUUGUGGGGGAAACUUGUCCCACAAGAAGGAGGACAACUUCACUUUGAAAAUUAGCUCCACUCAAGAUUAGUCCACGCAUGAUCCCCAGCUUUUUUGCACAGGAUCCGUGGAUAUGACCCACUGGCUCUGGCUGCAGCUUGCCAAGAGCAAGAGUGUUGCUCGUGGCAGCCCUGUGGCUGAGGCCUAUACCUACAAGCAGAUUUCUGUAUUUGGAGUUUUUAAAAAAGAUGUUUCAUAGCCUCAAGAAUCUGGGAAAGUUUCUGUCCUUCCUGGCAGGAGUCUCCACUUGUUUCAGUGCAGCCAUAGUCUGAGGACUAACAGGCCACCCACCUCAGGGUAGGUUCAGGAAGGUGGAAGACAGUGGGCUGCACAGGACUGUGGUGUGGCUCUCUCUAGAAUGUUUGGUGGUGGCUAAGGUGGGAGGCAGCUCUCAGACUGGGCCUGAAUGGGGUAGGUACGUGGGGCUGGAUAGAAACCAUUAGCAGUCAUAUGGGCAGGGCUGGGUAGAUGCUGGGAUUCCCUUGAAAGCCUGGAUCAGGUCUAAGUGCCACACACGCGCCAUCUGUCCCAGCCUGGUGGCUUGGCAUGGGGCUGUCCAUGCCUGACUGCUGAUGGAUGGUUUAGCCCAGCGACUUUCUUUGUGUAGUUGAGCAAGGUCUGCUCUCCAUAUGAAUGGUGGAUCUACAAAUACAGUGUCUUGAUCCAAAAUUCCAAAUAGGAAAUCAUGUUCUUCACACCCUACAUCCACUCUGCACCCCGCCAGAUGGGACCCACUGCAGAAUCUCCAGCCUUAAUUCUUGCUUCAGGACCCAGACCAGCGCCUCACUCUAGGGCAGCCCAGGGCAUAGGGGCCAGGUCUGCCCAGCGUUUACCACUGUUGUUAAGCCACAGCCCUCUGGCCACAUGGCCAUCCAUCCUCAGCGAGGCACCACUUGCCCUUCUUACUUAGUCCCUUGUGUCCCAGUAGCAUUGGGAGGGGAGUGCUGGGGACCGUGCACCCAGGGAUCGCAGCCAGGUUCAAGCCUGCUGGGAGAGCUGGGGAGGGAGGAAGGGCUUGUUCCCUGCAGUAUCUGUUCUGUGAAGUUUGUUAAAUGUAAGGGAAGCUGAAAUUCUUGUAUCUUUAAAGAGGAAAUCUUAUUUAACCCGUUGUGUCCUAGAUUGACUUACACACAUAGCCUAGAGCUCAGUUUUAGUUUAACAUUGUGAAAAAUAUUAAAAGAAUCUUGUAACUUUAUUCUUUUUUUUCUCCUGCUGAAAAAAAAUUAAACCAAUCAUAUGGA